AUGCAAGGUGAAUUCAAUGGUCUUAAAACAUUAAUUCUGAAGGAGAAUAAAUUAGCAUUUUAUGUCUAUUGCUUUGCUCAUCAACUUCAGUUGACUUUUGUAGCUGUUGCUAACAAGCAUACUGAUAUUGCUGAAUUUUUUAGCUUUGUUAGUAAAAUAGUAACUAUUGUUGGAGCCUCUUGUAAAAAACGAGAAUUUUUACGAAAUGCACAACUUGCCAAAAUUACAAAAGCAUUAAACUUGGGUGAACUUGAAAGUGGGCAAGAUUUAAACCAAGAGACAAGUCUUAAACAUGCUGGUGAUAGACAUUGGGGAUCACAUUAUAGGACAAUCCUCAACUUGAUUUUGAUGUUCUCUUCCACAGUUGAUUUACUUGAGAUUAUUCAAAAGGAUAGCCUAUUCUUUGAGCAAAGAGUUGAAGCUCAAUCUAUUUUAAGAGUGUCUAAGCAACAAUUGCAGAUGAUGAGAGACGAUGAAUGGGAAGCUCUAUUGAUUGAAGUAUCCUCAUUUUGUAGCAAGCAUGAUAAUCCUAUCUUGAACAUGGAUGAAAUAUUUGUAGUUGAUGAAUUAGCACUUGAUAAUCAACUUCAAACUUACAUUGUUGAUAUACGCUCCAAUGAUGAGUUUUUGGAGCUUAAAGGAAUUGAGGACCUUGCUAGAAAGAUGGUGGAGACAAAUAAGAAUGUUAUAUUUCCAUUAGUAUAUUUGCUUGUGAAGUUAGUUUUGAUCGUUCUUGUUGCGACUGAAACAGUGGAAAGGAGUUUUUCAGCAAUGAAAUAUAUCAAGAAUGAACUACUCAAUUGA